GAAGCAAACCAGCGUACGUGUGAAGAAAGACUCUACACCGAGGCAGGGUUGCAGCUUGCUACAAGAUUAUACAUCAUGCGUUUCUUGUUCAUCAUUGUUUUCGUUGUAUUUUUCACAAGUUGUGUGAAUUCAAGGAAAUGCUACCAGUGUGUAUCAUCGGAUGAAACCGUUGACGAGUCUUGUAUUGCAGGCACUAAUCUCACAUCCGUGGAUUGCGAGAGUAAUCAAGUAUGCACCACAUCGUAUGCGAAGACUGGAGAUUCGUAUGAAUUGUUCUACAGGGGAUGCGCUGACUCCGAUCAUUGUGUCAUUGGCUGUGUUACAUCAUUUAUUGGUGAUACUGAACAAUGUUCUUCAUGCUGUGACACUGACCAAUGCAAUGGUAGUACCAAUUUAUUUGGGAACACUUUCCUGAUGUCUGCUGUAUUUGCAACUGCACUAUAUUUGAUUAUUUGAAAUACGGCUAUGAAGACAUGUAUGCUUCGCGCUUUAAAUUUUUCAAUAUCUAAUAUAUCCUAGACGUGCAUGACCACUGAGACAGGGAUAAUCACGUGACUUUUCGUCCCUCAAAUAAUGUUCUAUUCCCACCUGUCGAUUGCAAUCAAAGCUCGCCAGUUCUAUAUUACUAUAGUAUUUGCAAAAAAAUAAUGUACUAAUACAUCACAAUGCGUAAAAAUGCAUAGUAUUAUAUAACGUUAUUGUACAUCUGUUUAUUCGGUAAUAAAGCAUGACUGCAUUACAUUUUA